UUCAAAAUCCACAAUGCAUCCUCAAAAUCUGAUCUUCUUGGUUGUGAUAUCAUUGGGAGUUUGUUGGGUGGACGGGAUAUUUUUAACAACUACUGCGGCUAAUAGUGCCUUGACCUUGACUAUUCCAACCUUAACGGCCACAACAGGCACGGCAGCCGCUGUGCUAGGUGGUCUGGGAGCCCUAGGCGCGGGUUUGGCUGUGGGGGCUAUAUUGGCCAAGUCCUUGAAUAGACCCCAAGAAGACGAAAAUGAAGGCUAUUACCCGGUGUCUUCUGGCUAUUCAUCUCACAGUUCCUCCAGUUACUCGACUCCUCAUCAGAGCUCGUCCUACAAGGCUCCUACCAGUGGUUAUGGACACAAGAAGAGGCGUCAGGGACGAUCCGUGGAGGAGGAAAUCAAGGCCGCUCAAGAGGAGCUUGUCACCAUCAAUUUGGAGCCCGUGUUCAGAAGUCUGGAGGAGAAUGAUGUGAACGAUUGUGCCAAGAUGAAGGUUUGCUUGAUGGGCACCAAGGACCAAGCUGGACUUUCCCCUCAAGAGGUGGCCUUAUUGGUGGUCUUCGGUCCUGAACAACCCAUCUCCGUUGUCUCAGCCAAGGCUCCUUACGACAUCGCUUUCCGAUUGGGUCAAUCGGCUAAAGAUCAAAACGUCUGCCAAGAGCGAUAUUCGAGAUGCCAAGAAUGAUGUGUCACAAAAGUUGUUAAGUUUUUCCUUUGUUGAGUUGAAAUAAAAUCAAAAUUUGU